UCCCCAAAGAAUGGAUUUCUUGCGCGAUUCACCAAUCAUAGGCCUCAUAUAUAAUUAAUCAACCUUCUUAAGGUUCUAUGUUCUUUAGACUUUCUAGCAUUAUUAUUGCUUUCUUUUGACUUUUUCACCUUGCUGGAAUCUAGCUGCAAAAAAAGCUUCUUCCUCCCAAUCAAUUCUGAGUCUAUAAAUAGAUUCAAAGCUCGUCCUUGAAUCACAGAGAGUAAACAUGGCUAUUGUUACAUGUGGAAAUGCCGAUAUAUGGGCAUGGAUCCAAAACCUUCCACCACCAACUCAAUGGAUGAAGGAUUCGAUGUCAACAUGCAUAUGCUCAUCAAACACAUCAUUGGCAACCCUUAGUCUCAACAUAACCAGAAACACUUCAACCCAAUCACUUUCUUUUGCCAUAUUUGCAAAUUUUAACCUCCCUGUAACCCUUUGGAUCUCAAAACCAGUAUAUAUCUCUACUUCCUCAAACCUCCUGAGUGAUGAUAACACGAUAUACAAUCUCAUUUCAAAUUUCAUCCAAGACGUUCUCAAAUAUGGACCUACCAAACAAACUCAUCCCUUCAUACUCCCCAAAUUUAAUCCUUCGCCUAACUUGAAAGACAUCUUCAAUGUUUCCUUUCUUACCUUAGUUUUCUUAGUUUGCAUUUAUGAAGCUCCUACUGAUCUUCGUUACAAUUGCCUUAAAUCUCUAAAAGAUAUGCUUUCGACUUCCCAAUCUCGUGAAGCCUCAAAGCAACUCAUAAGGCUCUUAGGGUCUAAAACCGAGGAGCAAUGGAUGAGAUGUCUAAAUCUCGCUAUCACAAACUGGAAAAUGGAGCUAAAAGCAGCCAACCGCAUCCUCAAAGGACCUUCUCCUCUAUAUUCUCAUGGAUUUUCAACUUCUGGGUUGUGGAAAGUUCAGCUAUAUUGCCCUAUAAUAACCAUGGAAGUUGAGAACACAAACGGUUCAGCUGAUGAGCGUUUAGCUUUUUCUCUAAACUACCACCAUCUGGAGGGUGUCAUGCAGCUCAACUGUAAAACCAUACUGAGGGAGAAAUGGAUUGAAGUAAUGGUAAACAUCGACAACAUAAGAUUAGAUGUCAUCCGACUUGUAAGUGAGAAAAUUCUAAAUGAUCGAGGAGCAGGGGCAGCAGAAAAGCACUUCCCUUCAAGAAUCUCACUCCAGGUCACUCCAGCGUCUCAGGCAGACAUCUUAAGCGUCUCAGUGAGCAAGUCUUCGGAGAAUCCCAAGAAGGAAAUCGAAAUAGAGAAGACAAUAGAAGGAUCAUUCGAGCCUCUAAACAAAGUGGGAGUACAGGUAUCAGCAGGAGAGACAACAACAACAGUCUUCAAACCAUGGAAAUUUGAAGAGACUGCAAAGGGUGACAGUGGGGGUUUGAACUGGUUUCUGCAUGACAGUGGAAACGGAAGAGAGGUCUUUUCAUCUAAGCCUUCUCCGAUGAAAUUGUUUCAGCCUAAGGCGUGGUUUAAACACCGGUAUUCUAGUGCAUACAGGCCUUUUACCAGACAGGGAGGGGUCAUAUUUGCAGGAGAUCAGUAUGCAGAGACGGUAUGUUGGAAGGUGGACAAAUCAGCUAUCGGGAAGAAAACAAUGGAAUGGGAACUAGCAGGUUGUAUUGGAUUAACAUACUGGCCAAAUAAAUACAGGACAUUCUACAACGAAACGAGGAGGGCCGAGUUUAGAGAAACUCUGCAGCUCACACUAAUGUAGAUUGAUUAGAGUUAACCAUGUAGAUAAACUCAAGUUUAGCCAAUCUCUAAUGUCAUGUUGCACUGUAAUGUAAUAUAUCUCUCUUUCAAAUUUUA